AUGCAGGUGGAGGGCUCAGUAGAUGGGAAGCCAGGCCGCCUGACAGUGGACACUGGAGCUGAGAAGACCCUAGUGCGGCCUGAUAUGUUGGCCACUACGCGACUUCCAGACGCACCACAGAGAUUGUGUGGUGUCACAGGGCAUUGUGUACAGCUCAAGGGGCCAGUGGAGGCUUGUAUUGGCGUGGGCAGCACGGUGCAGCGGCUGCCGGUUUAUGUGGCCGAUAUGGACGAGCACUGCUUGCUGGGCCUUGACUACCUGACGCAGAGUAAGGCGUGUGUCGACCUUGGACGGAAGCUGGUGAGGGUGCACGGUGAAGAUGUGCCCUUACUUCCAGAAGUUGGCUGUGCAGAGGUAGUUACGGCUGAGCGGCUGCACCUUGCCCCCAGGACAGAGUCUAGAAUCUGGUGUCGACUGUCAAGAGUGAUGCGUGGAGUAGAGGGCCUAGUGGAGCCCAUCCAAAACCUGCAGCUAGCUGGUGGCGUAGUAGUUGGGCGGAGCCUUGUUGGAGCGGGGGAGGGGUUAGUUACAGUGUUGGUAGCUAACUUUUCCGAUAAGGCCCAGAAGUUGCCAGCUGGAACAAAGCUGGGCACUUGUGAGGAAGUGGAGCGUCCAGAAGAGUCGUCGGGGAGCGAGGAGUUGGUCGGUGUAAGGCCGUUGCCUGACUUCCUCGAGGAUUUGGCGCAGCGGAGCGCCGCUCACCUGACUGAGGUAACAGACUUCACACCUGCCCGACUCAUGUUUGGCCGUGAGCUCAGGCUACCAGUGGAUUUGACCACAGGGCGGCCACCCGACGUGAACUUACCAACCGUCACCUCCAGCUAUGCAGUGGCACUGCAGGAGAACCUGGUGGAGGUGCACCGACGAGUGCGUGGCAAGCUCAAGGUAGCCGGCCAUGCCAUGAAGGGGACCUAUGACCGGCGCACGAGGGAAGUGAGGUACAACAUAGGUGAUAGAGUGUGGCUGCAUAACCCGCGUCGGAAGCGAGGGCUCUCACCGAAGCUACAGAGCCCCUGGGAAGGGCCAUACACGGUGUUAGCGGCCCUCUCUGAUGUCACCUAUCGAAUUCGCAGAGGGCGAAAGCGACCGUCUGUUGUCCACGUGGACCGGCUGUGGCGUUACUAUGGGCCAGGAAGCUACUCCUGGAACCAUGGUGAGGGGGAAGAUGAUGUGAGCCCCAAUAGCGGCGAUGAGGACGUGGCAGAUGCUGACCGGGAUGAGGACGAGCAUUUGGACAGUGGGGGCGAUGCGAUGGACGUCAGUGGCGACAUUGAGCCGGGUCUUGGGGCAGGAGAUGCCCUUCUGGGUGCCACUGCCAAUCUGCCGCCGCCCACACCUCCUCCAGAGCGACCCCAGCGAGAGCGAAGAAAGCCGCGCUGGAUGAAAGAUUUUUGUGUUUCUGAUAACUGAUUUACAAUUACAGUUACUUUUGUUUGAAAGAAUUUUGUUUGUUCAUGAGGACUAAUUUCAUUUAAAUUUUCUGUUGUUUGUUUCUUGAUUAGAUAUAUCAGAGCAGACGGGUCGUCUGUUUGAAAGGGGGGGAUAGUGCUACGCCAGAGGGUCUUUGUCUCUGUGCAAACGUGUGCGAGCGCGUGCGAACGCGUGUUGGCGUGUUUUGACAGGAAGAUGACGCGGCGGCGGA